AUGUUGCCGACCCCUCCCGCGUCUCCAACCCUCAAUGGAUUUUGUGCGCCCGAAGACCGCCUAGGCCAGAUUCUUGCCGGAAGACUGCAACUGACCGGUAUCCUCGGAGUAGGUGCUUAUGGAGUCGUCUACACUGCCGUGGACAUCCAAACCAACAUUCCCUAUGCCGUAAAGGCUCUCAACAAGCUUGGCUUGGAGCCCCGGCAACGAAAGUUCCAGCAGAGGGAAAUCCAACUCCACCACCAGGCCAGUGCUCAUCCCAAUGUUGUCUCCUUGGUAAAGAUCAUGGACGCCCCUGACUGCACAUACGUUGUCAUCGAGUACUGCCCAGAGGGCGACUUGUUCUCAAACAUCACCGAGCACGGAAAGUAUGUUGGUAACGAUGCACUUGCCAAGAGGGCCUUCCUCCAGAUCUUGGAUGCCGUUGAAUACUGCCACUCCAUUGGAAUCUACCACAGGGAUUUAAAGCCGGAGAACGUUUUGGUGACUGACAACGGAAUGACCUGCAAGCUCGCCGAUUUUGGACUGGCCACCAACGACCACAUUACGUCUGAUUUCGGAUGCGGCUCGACUUUCUACAUGUCGCCUGAAUGCCAGACAGCUGCGCCCAAGGCCUACUCCUGCUAUGCAUCAGCACCCAACGAUGUGUGGAGCCUCGGUGUGAUCCUUGUGAACUUGACAUGUGGACGCAACCCAUGGAAGCGCGCCUCGUACGAGGACAGCACUUUCCGCGCCUACAUGAAGGAUCCCAAGUUCCUGAGGUCCAUUCUCCCCAUCUCCCCAGAGCUGGAUUCCAUCAUGAGGCGCAUUUUCGAGUUCAACCCGGUCAAGAGGAUCACCAUCCCCGAGCUCCGUGAGUUGAUCAUGCGAUGCCCUAGGUUCACUGCAACCAAGUCUGCAGCUCCUACGCCAAUGGCUUCCCCGCCUUUCACUCCUGUGGACUAUGCCCAGGAGGCUUCCUACUAUCACGCCGUACCUCCUGCGGCUGGUCUUCCUGGACCGGUCUACUCCCCACCGGUCUGGGAGCUUCCCUCUCCUCAACAUUCCAUCUCUUCGGGAAGCUCCAACUCGGACAACGAAUCUGUCUUCUCUACUUGCUCAUCAGCUUCGUCCGCCUCCUCGACUUCCUCGUUCACCCACAUCCACCCGGCUCAGAAGCCGUCUGUCCGUCAAUCUACAUACGUUUCUCCUCCCCCCGCCAGUGGAUGGUUCCAUCCCUUCUUCCAGGCAGCCAACCUCGUUAAGCAUGUGUCGUUCCAGCCACCAAUGAUGGCUCCGGUACAUGUUUACUAG